AGCAGUUCCUAUCUGAAAAAAAUCAGCUACAUCAGUGAUAGUGGAGUGGAGUCAGCCAUCAGGAGGAGCCGCAGUGACUGCAUAUGUAGUACACUACAGUGACGGAGUAGAUAAAAUGACUGAGGAUGUACCUGUACCUUCAACUAGCUCCUCCAUAGCAAACCUUACAAACUGCCUUGGAUACACUUUUAUAGUUGAAGCAAUAUCAGAACACCUUUCCGGAGAGUCUGAUAUCCACACAAUUGCCUUAGAUGCCUCAAGCACUUGCAGUGGACAUUAGACAGAAGCUAUGAGUUCAACAUCCAUUAUAGUCCGAUGGACUGGUAUGGCGGCCUGCAAUAGUACCAGUCAGAUAGUCAAAUACAGGGUGAAGUACAAAUCAGAGUCCAGUGGUAUGGCACACAAUACUGUCAAUGAAACAAGAGAGGAAAUCUCACUGACUGGACUUGUACCCUACACACGUUACUCCGUUGAGGUGGCUGCAAUGAAUGAGGAGGGAGAAUUCGGCCCCUAUAGCCCCUCAAUUACAGUGGAAAACAUUGGAAGAUAGUAAGGUUCUUUUUUACUGGGAGAUUAACCUUUGUGAUGAGCUUUGUACAUGACGAAAGUGAGCAAAGAAAUAUUUCCCAUUCCUCAGUUCCUGGUCCAGUUGGAAAUCUCUCAGCAUCUCAACACUCUCAAAAUAUAUCUUUCCUGGCGUGCACCUAUUUUGCCUAAUGGUGUCAUCAUCGCGUAUGAGGUGUCCUACAGACCAGCAGAGAAUCCAGGUCAUGAGCUCAGUCUGAACACCACUGAUCUGGAGUCAAAUUUCACAGCAGGGAAUGAUCUGGAGGGAGGGUCUGACUAUAUAUUCUCUGUCAGAGCAUACACUAGAGUUGGACCGGGAACAACGUCCUCUCUAAGAACUUCCACACUUCUCCAGCUGGGAACAGCAAUUGAUAUAGUUGUGACGGUUGGCAUGGUUGCAUCUUUCGUGACAGCAUUGUUUCUCAUUUACAUUGCUGUCAUCUUGCUGUACAUCUACAAAAGGAGCAGGAGUAGAACUAAAAAACAAGACAAAAGCCACACUCCUAGCAAUCUACACUCUGUUCCAUACACCGACACUCCAGACACUAAUGCGAGCAGCAGAGAUAUUACUAGUGCACCAAAGAUGACGCACAUUUCCGAGGAAGAUGAAGAUUACGAAGAUAUUCGUUUGACUCAUAUGAUGCGGAAGCAGUGAAGGAAAUCUCACCAAUAUAAUUAUCAGACUAUUUUUGAUUCCAAAAUGACAAACCCAGUUUGUUCAUGAGUACCUGCAGAUGAAUUUGGAGACUAUGUUGCAAGAUGUCAUUCCAAUCAAAAUAAGGACUUUAAAGCCCAAUUUGCGUCGUUACAACAGUAUGACGAAGAGGUUCCCAAGACUCUAAGAAUGUCCAAACUCAACAGAUUUUCCAAUUUUACUGUUUAUGAAGACAACAGUGUAUUACUCAAACGUAUUCGUGGCCACUCAGAUUGUGAGGAAGACUUCAUUAAUGCCAGUUACAUUGAUGGGUACAAAAAAGAACAGCAAUACAUUGCAACACAAGGACCACUGCCUAACACAACUGUUGACUUCUGGAGGAUGGUGUGGCAGGAGAGGUCUCAGAGCAUUGUGAUGGUCACCAAUCUGGUGGAGGGAAAUAGGAUCAAGUGUCACAAGUACUGGCCAGAGACUGGGACCUGUCCUUCGUCCCUUCAAUGUCACCAUCACAGGACAACAGUAAUGGCUGACUAACUACUCGCCCACUUUGUGUUCAGCUCACAGAGAUCCCUGGAGAUAUUAUUCUAACUGUGGCUCAGUUCCACUUCACAGAGUGGCCUUAGUCUAGGAGUGCUUUACUCUGCCACUUCAAUUGCUAGUCUUCCUCAAGAAAGUGAAGAAGAAACGUCUGAGUAUCAAGAGGACAAUUCUUGUUCACUGGAGUGCCGGUGUUGAAGGACGGGACUCUGAUAACUAUGGGACUGUGUUCUUGAGAAGCUGCAAGAGGCGAGGUGGUGGAUAUAGGGUGUAAUCUCCACCCCGCACACAGAAGAAUGAAACUUGUUGAAAGUAUGGUUAGUAGAGUGAUUCUUUUACAUCCAGUUAGCUACUUGUAAACACAAUAGGAGCAGUAUAUCUUUGUCCACGAUGCAAUCCUAGAAGAUUUGUUAUGUGGAGACACACAAAUUGAUGCUAGAAUUUUCCACAAAUCUAUGAGGAAAAUAAUCAACAGUCCACAAAUCAUAUGUGACUGAAUUUGAAAAACAGUUCAAGGUUAGUAUAAUUAUGUCAGUCCUUUCAGAGACAUGGGGAAGUUUUGUAAUUUUGCAGUGAUCAGUGUCUCCAUCAAUAUUUCUGUAUUAUUACAGGGCUACAAGCAAAAGAGAGCAUUCAUCAUAGCUCAGAGUCCCAUGGAGUCCACAGCCAGAGAUUUCUGGAAGAUGGUCCAUGACAGGAAGUGUGGAGUCAUUGUUAUGCUCUGUGACUUGGUGGAAGAUGGACAGGAGAUGUGUUGUCAGUAUUGGCCUCAGACUGGAAUGGUUAAAUUUGGAGAGUAUACAGUCGAUUUGACAGAAGAACAGUCAGUGAUUGGAUAUACUAUUCGUAAACUGAGUCUUUCAAAUACUGAGUCUGGAAGUGCUCAUCAGAUUGUACAGCUGCACAUAACUAACUGGAGUCCUGAUGGUAGAUGUCAUAACCUCAGCACUGUUACAAGUGUGAUAAGUCAGAUGACAAACAUCCAGAUCACAACUGGCAACCGUCCCACCAUAGUCCAUUGCAGUGACACAGUGGGUAGGUCAGGGAUGUUCUGUGCCAUAGUCACCACCAUUGAGAGGUGUAAGACAGAGGGAGUGGUGGAUGUGUUGCAGGUGGUCAAGGCUCUCAGGGUACAGAAACCUGGAGCUGUCCUCACUGUGACACACUAUCAUUUGCUGUUUGAAGCAGUGUUGGUGUAUCUGGACUCUUUUGACACUUACAGCAAUUUUCUUAGUGAUAAGAACCCUUGAAUUAUAACUAUGAGUUAGUGAUACCCACACACCUAUGUAUGAAUUUGUGUAUGGUAUAGCAAGGGUCAUGUUUUAUUACA